CCUUUUACCUCUCUCCUUGCCAUUAGACUCCGAACGCGGCCUAAAGCUAUGAAUUGGAGUGCCACAUCGCAGCGGGCUUCCAAAACCAAAGCCCAUCAUCCGUUGAGACUUCUGAUGAGUUCUGAAUCAAUCUUCCCACUCCCAGCAGUAUACCUUUUCCCUAACGCUGAUCGGACGUAGUACGCUUCUUUCUUUUUCUACAACUUGCUCAUUAAUGGCCAUCUACCCGGAAAAUGCCCAUUCUCUUUGAAGAAUUUCACAAUCAUAAAACAAGCGUCUUUGAUUCGUCUUCACUGCUUCUGUUGAACCCGAUUCCAGAAAACAUAAAGCAACAUAUUCCAUAGUCUUGCCGAUUGAAAGAAGUAAUCAAUCUCGAGAGUGCUCGGAAUGGCGAUGCUUGUUGCCUGGCUUUUGGAUCGCUAUAUAUUUCGCCAUCAACAAUGCAAGUUCCUCAGGGCAACAGAGAAAAUCACAUGGCUCGAGAGUCCCAAGAUGAAGUGGUGCUCAAAAUUGGCGAGGAAUCUGGAUGUUGCUUCCAUUUAGAACCGCCAACUGACGAAUCAAAUCGACGAAAAAGCAGAGAAUUUGGGCAGUCAUCUCGUGCCAAGAGCGCUCGUGAUUUUUCAGAUGAAGAAGAAGAAGAAGAUGAUGAGGGUGAAAUCUACACGCCCCUUCCUACAAAUCCAAGAACAUUCAGGGCCCGGACCACGUCGAGGCUUGAGGAUCCAAACUGGAGAUACCAAAGAUUGGCCAUAACUGACGAGGAAGUAAAAGAUGAACACCACUCAUUCAUUGAUGAAGGUGUCUUUGAAGAUUUUGAUCUCAAAGACACUGUAAAAGUUGUCCAGUGGGUAAGUCUGUUGCUAAUUCUGGUGCUACUGAUUUGUACACUAACAGUUUCUGAUUUGAAGAAGCAUAAGUUUUGGGAACUUAGCAUAUGGAAAUGGGAAAUACUGGUCCUGGUGCUUAUUUGUGGCCAUUUGGUUUCUGGUUGGAUAAUCAAGAUUGUUGUGUUGGUUAUAGAACGCAAUUUUAUUCGAAAAUCCCGGGUUUUGUAUUUUGUGUAUGGGUUGAGGAAAUCAAUUCAGAGUUGCUUGUGGCUGGGACAGGUCUUGUUGGUUUGGCAUUUCAUUUUGGCUAAAGAGAUUGGGAGGGUCACCAAGCAUGGAGGUGUGAGGAUUGUGACCAAGAUCUUAAUAUGCCUCUGGGUGGGCACAUUGAUUUGGCUCUUGAAAACACUUGUUCUUAAGGUACUUGCUUUGUGCUUUCAUGUUACUGCAUUCUUCGAUCGAGUUCAGGACUCUUUGUUCAAGCAAUAUGUGAUUAAGAAGCUAUCUGGGUGUCCGAUAAAUGAUGAACACAGUGAAGGGGAGUGCGAUAAAAAAAGCAUACAAGAGUUGAGAAAUCCCAAGUCAAGAAGGGUGCUCAAGCAGAAAGGUCCGAGGAUCACGAUCGAACACCUUCAGAAGCUCAAUCGGAAGAAUAUCUCGGCUUUGAGCAUGAAGAGGUUGAUAAGUAUGGUGCAAAGUGGGUAUUUGUCCACUUUGGAUGAGGAAUUGCCCACCUCUAAUGAUGAGGAUGAGGCUACCCUUCAAAUAAGAGAUGAAUGCGAGGCAAAGUCUGCAGCCAAGAAGAUAUUCCAGAAUGUGGCUGUAGAAGGGUCCAAAUACAUCUCCUUAGAGGAUCUGCAGCGCUUUAUGAAGGAUGAAAGUGCUCAGAAGACCAUGCAUCUCAUUAAAGGUUCACAUAUCGACCAGGGAAUCAAUAAGCAAACUCUCACGAAAUGGAUGGUUGAUGCAUUUAAAGAAAGAAGGUCUCUUGCAUUGUCUCUUGAUGAUACAAAAACAGCAGCAGACGAACUCCACACAAUACUGAGCGUCCUUGUAACGAUUAUUAUAGUGAUAAUAUGGCUCUUCAUAUUUAAUUUCCCAAUAUCGCAUUUCCUUGUGCUGGUAGGCUCCCAGCUUCUAUUGGCAGCGUUCAUCUUUGGGGACACCUGCAAGAGAAUAUUUGAAGCAAUCAUUUUCUUGUUUGUAACACACCCAUUUCAUGUGGGUGAUCGUUGUGAAAUUGAUGGAAUGCAGCUGGUAGUUGAAGAGAUGAACAUAUUAACUACUGUGUUUCUGCGACACGACAACCAGAAGUAUAUAUACCCAAAUAGUAUUCUAGCUACAAAGCCCAUAGUUAACUAUUUCCGUAGUCCGGAGAUGACAGAUACAGUUGAUUUCUCUAUCCACAUCUCGACUCCAAUGGAAAGGAUUGCUGAAAUGAAGAAAAGAAUUAUAAGGUUUGUUGAGAGUAGGAGUGACUACUGGCACCAGAGUCCAGCUGUGGUGAUAACAGAUCUGGAGGACAUGAACAGGCUGAAGAUGGUGGUGGCUGUUAAACACCGCAUCAACGGUCAGCAUGCGGGUGAGAGGUGCGCAAGGAGAGCUUUACUGGUGGAGAAGAUGAUCAAAGUGUUCCGGGACCUUAAUAUUGAGUAUCGAAUGCUGCCCCUCGAUAUGAAUGUCCGGUACAUGCCACCAGCGGAUUCAAGCAGGCUUCCCUCUAAUUGGGCGGCCUGUUCUAGCUGAUCAUACGCCCAGUAACAGGCAACGGUUGCCCAAUGCCCAAGAUGUAGACGAGGGCAAUGCUGGCUAUCUUCUCAUAGAUGGAAAAAAUAAGUCAUUGCUGAGGCUACGGCAUUGAGUUUGAUACAGAAAGAGAAGAGAGAUAAUUAUGCACUUGCAUGAAGAGAUAAGAAGUCCCACAAGGGUUUCCCAGGAUUAUGUAGAUAAUAAGCACUGGUAUUUGCUUAUAACAAUAUGUGUAAUGGAAAUUGACAAUCAGGUAUGCUAUUGCAUGCAAUGCUUAGUUUGUCGGCGAUCAUUAGUGUCAAAUGACACACUCGAUUUACUUAUUCCGGUAAGAAGUGCAUAAAUUGGCCCAUAUGGAUUUUGGUGAGAAAAGGGUGCUCACAUUCGAUAAAACCUAUCCUACCAAAGUUGAUUGGGUUGGGUUUGUUUG